CAAUCGCGUUCUGCCGACUUUUGUUCCUCGCUUCUUCGCAGAUCCAGCGCCCUCGCGCGCAUUCUCGGUCCCUCACGCGGUUUCCGUUGACAGUGCAAGGAAAGGAUGCGUGCUCCUACAUUUCUUAUCCUAUGCGCCCUCUCUGGCUUAUUACACACGCCCGGCGCGUUCGCGCAACGGCGCGGAGGUGGACACUCCGACUCGGACUCGGACAGCCACAGCAACAGCAAUAACGACGAAGAGAGCAGCAGCGACUCCAGCGACUCCUCCUCUUCCUCCUCUUCAGGCCCAUAUUGCGACACACCAAUAAACCCACCACCAAACAUCGAAGUAAACCUGAUCCCCGACAACGGCGACAACCGCAAUUACCGAGGCAUCUCCAAUUACGACGGCUCAUUCUUCCACGGCGAGGCCUGGCUCGGCUACAACAUCCUCGAGACGACGGGAAUAGACAACUGCAACAGCACCGCCGAGAACCCGAUCCGGUUGCUGGGGUAUGCAUGGAUGGGUCCGCAGUCCGAGGAGCCCGCGGGGCUGACGAAUCCGUAUAUCAUCGGGUUCCAGGCGUGGGAGUCCAAGGAACCCGUGGAGGAGAUUGAUACCUCGUAUGACUAUGUCAUGUGGGAUCCCAAUGAGAAGUGGUGUCCCGAGGAGCCGGACUUGUUCCUGGUGAGGACGACGCAUUCGUGGUGGGGAUCUGCUGCGGAGCCGGGUGGUGACCUUCCCAUUGUAGCAGCUGAUGUGAUCGAUAUGGAGUUUGCCGCGGAUGAGGAGGAUCCUGGGGCUGUUUCUUUCAAUGGGACCAUGCCUGAGACGAUUACUCCAGAGCCGCGAUACGAGGGAUUCCCUUUUCGACUGCUUGGAUUACCCGGCCGUAUCUGCACGGAUGAGCGCGUGUACUGGUUCGAGGAUAACAUAGAUCGCCUGGGGUUAAGCGGCUCCGUGACGAAUGCGACGCUCGACCUCGUUUUGACCGGGAGAGGGAUUGCAGUGCCGUACCGGAACAACGUCGCGCAUAACCUCACGGUUGAGUUCAACGUCACCUUCUCCGGGCGCUUCGACACUGCAAACUCGACAGAGAGGCCCGAUAUUCGCCAGACGGAGGAGUCGCUGAUCACUUGGGUGCCGAAUUCCGGGGUAGCCGUUGCACCGCUCGGAUGGGUAGGCUGUUUCAUCUCGCUUCUCACUCUGCUGUUGGUUGUAUAAAGCGCUGGCAAUUGGUGGGAAGUUUUCUCACGGUACUACGGGGAUGCUACGUAUGAUUGGAGCUCCUGUUGGUGUCGGGACAAUUUGUAUAUAGGACUAAUGAAUAGAUGAUUUAUAUAUAUGGCACGAUUCAAUUACUCCUGUCCAAGAUUGAACUGAAAAAAAUCAAAAAAAAAAAAAAAAAAAAAAAAAAAAAAAAAAAAAAAAAAAAAAAAAAAAAAAAAAAAAAAAGGGCGUAAAUCAAGGCUACAUAUCAGGGUGGCAUUCCCUGUAGGACAGAGGGCAACUUUAGUUCAGUUUGUAC